GCGGCGGGUCAGUCAGUCCGCAAAGCGGGGGACGGGCUCGCGGUGGGGAGACGCCAUGGGCACCAGGGAGGGCACCAGGGGGGACACCACGGGGAACACUAGGGGGGACACCGCAGGGGACUAUAUGUGCCUCACACUGAGUGGGGGACCACCCUGGGGCUUCAGUGUGAGAGACGACGGAGAGCAUCCCAGAUCUGUGAAGGUGGACAAGGUGGAAGCAGAGGGGCCUGCGGCGUUGGUGGGACUCGCCGAGGGCGACCAGCUCGUAUCGCUGAACGACCAGCCAUGCGCGGACGUCGCCCUCUCGGAAAUCAUGGCCCUCGCUGAUGGCUCUGCCCACAGCCUGCGUCUGCUUGUGAAAAGGUGUGGGACCAAAGAGCUGCUAGAGUCAGACGAGGACAAAGAGUCCACUGGUGAAAACCUGGAGAGCACCACCCUGGAGAUCUGGCCGGCCCGCCGGGCACUACCCACCAGGGAGUUGUACAUCUCCGAGUCUCAGGAUGAGGCGUACUAUGGGGAGGCAGAGAGUGACGCAGAGACCUCGUGCAGGCUGGAGACCUUCUCCCCGGGGGCCAUGGUGGAGCUGCAGCUCUCGCUCUCAGACCACAGCCUGGAUGAGGCCCCCCCAGGACGUAACGCUGAGGUUGUCCACACCUGUAGCACCACCCACUCCCUGUACGUCUCCAGCUCCGGCAAGCAGUCCCCUGCGAGGCCCCCAUCCUCCCUGGCUCAGGUGGAAGUGACCCUGCAGUGCCACCCCAGGGACUCUCGGGACAGGGUGGAAGCGGACUUGGGGGCGGACCCAGGGGGGGGUGGGCAGGCCGAUCCUGAGGAUGCAGCCGAUCCCUCAGAGGUUCCUCUUGCCUCUGUCUCAUUCGGAUUCUCCCCAGAGGAGCUCGACUCAGAGCCAGAGAAGGACACCGGCAAACCCAACAAGCACCGUGCUCGGCACGCUCGGUUCAGGCGUAGUGAGAGCCAGUCAGAGAAGCAGGUGAAGGAGGCCAAGUCUAAAUGUAGGCGCAUUGCUCUGCUCCUGACUGCAGCACCCAACCCUAACAACAAGGGGGUGUUGAUGUUCAAGAAGCAUCGGCAGAGGGCCAAGCAGUUUACGCUUGUGAGCUACGGGACUGGCGACGACGCACCGGAGGACGAAGGCAACGAAGGUGAAGAGGGAGGAAAGGAACACGCAGUCGAGUUCACCGUUUUGGCCACCAGCGAGUCAGAGCUAGACGAGGAGAUCUUCGCUAAAGCCCAGAGCAGCGGCAGCCUUGUGACCUUUGAUUGGGACACGGGACUUCUGGAGAUUGAGAGGAAACUUGAGGACCAGGAAGAGAUGGAACACCUGCCUGAAACCAAGGGCAAAGGGGCCCUGAUGUUUGCCCAGCGUAGGCAGAGGGUGGACGAGAUCACAGCUGAGCAUGAGGAAAUGCGCCGCAAGGGGAUACCAGUGGAAGGGGUCAAGGAAGUUCAGAGCACCAGCAUGUCGAUGACAGCACCUUACCAUAUGCAAGAGAGGUCCUACAUGCAGUCCGUAGAUAGCCAGAUCUACAUGCAUGUCAACCUGCAGCAACAGCAUCACCAGCAACAGCAACAACACUUCCAACAACAGCCAGAGCAACAGCAGCACUUCCAACAACAGCCAGAGCAACAGCAGCAGUUUCAACAACAGCCACAACUGCAGCCACAGCAACAGCAGCUCCAAGAAGAGCAGCAAUACCAGCAGCAGAAUUAUGAGCCACAGCAACAGUACCAACUACAGGACUACCAGCAGCAACGUUGCCAACAGCAGCACAUUCAGCAAUAUUCUCAUAGCAUGAAUGGUGUGGUGCACCAGGCAAGUGAAUCAUCCACUGUCAUCCUCAACAGAACAGCAAAACCCUUCUCUGGGGUGCAGAACAAAGCACCGACCCCCUUUUCACCAUCAAGGGAUGUCACCAGCUCAGAUCAACUAGCAUACAGCACUGUCCCGUCUCAAGGCUGGUCUCCAGUAGUCUCUGGGGAACAGAUAGCCUCACGAGAUGAGCGCAUUUCUGUUCCUGCGAUCAGGACAGGAAUCCUGCAGGAAACCAGAAGGAGGAACACCUCAAAACCCAUGUUUACUUUCAAAGAUCCUCCUAAGGUGUCCCCAAAUCCUGAGCUUCUGAAUCUCCUGAACAAGAGUAAUAAAAAGGCAGGCUUUGAGUUGGGAGCAGAAGAAGACUACCUUAGUCUGGGUGCAGAAGCAUGUAAUUUCUUGCAGUCUCCAAAGGUCAAGCAAAAGAUUCCCCCGCCAGUUGCCCCAAAGCCCAUCAUCAAUCCAGCUUCCCCACCAUGGUCGCCUCCACCUGAUUCUGGUGACCAGGCUCCUUCUCAUCCAGAACACACUGAACUCACUCAAGCAUCUUCUACCCCUGCUGCUGCUUCUUCUUUUGAAUCAGUUUCAGCCCAAGGUCCUCCACCUGCCCCAGUUGCCGCCCCCACUGCAAUUUCUGAGAAGUCACCUUCCCCACAACUGCAUGACAUAGUAAGUGCUAGAAGUCUGCCAGAAUCUCAGCAUCAGCUGGGAAUGCAGAGUCCACCUCAGAAUCAAGAACAGCCAAAUAAAGCUGAAAGUGAUUGGGAGUCCACACCACAGCCACAGGCAGAACCACAGAUUCACGAGGGUUCCAGCACUCAAUCUCAAACCCAGACACAGCCACAGACGCAUGUCAGUACUUGGAUACCUGCUCAAUCCCAGCCACAGACACAGUCCCAACCACACAUGAGUACUUGGACUCUGUCUCAAUCUCACCCUCAGACACAACCUCAGCCUCAAGUGAAUACAUGGACCCCAGCUCAAACCCAGCCACAGAACCAGUCUCAGCCGUAUGUAAGUACUUGGAUCCCAUCUCAAACCCAGCCACAGACUCAACCACAUGCAAGUACUUGGACCCCAUCUCAAACCCAGCCUCAGCCACAUGCUCAGCCACAUGUGAGUACUUGGACCCCAUCUCAAACACAGCCUCCUCAGCCAGAGUCUCAACCACAUGUGAGUACUUGGGCCCCAUCUGAAACGCAGCCUCCUCAGCCAGAGUCUCAACCACAUGUGAGUACUUGGACACCAUCUGAAACGCAGCCUCCUCAGCCAGAGUCUCAAUCAAAUGUGAGUACUUGGAUUCAACCUCAAUCACAACCACAGACUUCAGCGAAUACUUGGACACCAACUCACACUCAGUCAGCGCAGCAGGCACCUUGGGCUUCACAAGUGCCACCAAAGCCACAUUCUCAUGUGAGUUCGUGGUCUCAAGUUCAACCUGAACAGCAACAGCAGGCACCUGCGAGUUCCUGGGCUCCUGUCCAAACUCAAGCACAGGCAGAGCCUUCUUGGAUUUCACCAGCACAGCCACAAGAACAGCUAAAGUCACAGUUGCACGUCAGUUCUUGGCCCCGGGCUCAACCGGAGGCUCAGCCGCAAGCACCGAUGCAUGCUUGGUCUCCAGCCGGAACACAGGCACCACCCCAGCCAUCCUGGGCUUCAUCACCUCAAACACACCAACAACCACCUAUAAGUUCUUGGUCCUCAACUGCCCCUCUGACCCAUCGAGAGCCUCAUGUCAAUGCUUGGGCUCCAGCACAGAGUGAAAAUCAGUCACAUCCUCCUUGGAUUUCACCGGGCCAGGCUCAGGCAUCAACACAGGCACCGGUGAACACUUGGGGCCUAGCUCCUCAUCGUGGACAACCACAACCACCAGUGAGCCCUUGGGCCCCAGCUCUGAGUCAAGGACAGCAACCCCCUUCCUGGGUUGCACAACCGCCUGCUCAUGCAACAUCACAGCCAUCCAUGAGCACCUGGACUCCACAGCCACAGCAGGCCCUCAUGGCUUCAAACCAAAUUCACACAGUGUCUCAUCAGCCCAUGAAAACUUGGAAUCAACCACAAAGUCCAUCCAAUUCAGCUCCUCCCCUACAGAGGAUGAACUCUUACACUCAAGGAUCUUCCGCACCAACAGGAAACCUCUCUGUAGCUGGAGGAGUUGGCUCUGCCUUUGAAAUGCCCGCCCUGCGAGGAAAAGGCGCAGAGCUCUUUGCCAAGAGGCAGUCUCGUAUGGAGAAGUUUGUUGUGGACUCCUCUACAGUGCAGGCAAACAAGGUUAGAUCAUCCUCACCCACUCCUUCUUUGCCCAGUUCUUGGAAGUAUUCACCUAAUAUAAGAGCACCCCCUCCCUUGGCAUACAAUCCCAUUCAGUCUCCCUCUUAUCCCCCUGGAGCGAUGAAGCAGCCAUCACCUUCUACCCCAUCUUCAAACACCAAAAACAAGGGCAAAGCGAGAACAGCUCCCAAACCUCUCCAUGCUCUGGAUGUGAUGAAACAUCAACCCUAUCAGCUGAAUUCUUCCCUCUUCAUAUAUGGGUCAGCUGUGGAAGCAAAAAGCCCACCAUCAAAAGCAGCCCCAACCCCAACACCUGCUCCUGUCACUCAAAGCCAACCAGUUAGAUAUGAGCCAUUCACUCCUGCCCAACCCAUUACCACCCCAUACGCCCAACAGCCCCAGCCACACUCUUACAGGAUGGCUAGUCCAUCAACUUCUCUGCAAGAUGGUCCAUAUCACCAAGGCCCUGCUAAUAUCUACCAACCAACAUUUAACACCCCUUAUAACCAAGUUCCUACCAGCCCCUACCAGCAACCUCAGAACCCUUAUUACCAGUCAACAACAUGCCCUCCCCACCAGCAUGAUCAAAAUGCUCCUUUCCAACAAGCUCCAAACUCUCCCUACCAGGCAGCUCCACCUCAAUCUUAUCAAGCAGUUCAGACCCCUCCAUAUGAAACCACUCCAGGUCUGUCAUUUCAACCUGCUUCCCAUGCCUAUAUGGUUCCCAGCUUUCAGGCUCCUCCAAAACCAGCAUCUGUCACUGGUGCCGGGCCUCAGGUGGCCCCACGGCCUAAAUUCUCUGCCAAAAAGUCAGCGGCACAGGUGUGGAAGCCGGCGUCUGCAGCACAGGAGUGAUGGGUAUUGUGGGUAGUGAUGUGUCAAACUAUCAGCUCCGAGGUGCUCAGAAUGGCACCUAGUGCACAUGUUAUUGAGAACUUGGUCACCAGGUUCAAAAAUGAUUACAGGAGUCAGUUAAUAGUCCAGUGCUUGUAUGUUCACACAUCCUGAGAACACACUUUCUCAGUGUUUUUUAACUGGAUUUCAUUGCACUGCUUUUUAUUAGGCAAAUUGAUGACAUUUUGCCUUCAAAAAUCUAUUCCUUUGUAUGGAAAGAAAGCUUGGUGGACACUCCAACAUACAAGUGUUAUUGAGCAUCUUUAUGUAGAUUUCUCAGAAGGAGACUGUAUAAAUGAUAAUGACAGCAUGUGCUGAGGUCCAUACUGGAGACUGAAUUGUUUCAUGUUUAUUGGGAGUAUGAGCAGAAAGACUGAAGUUCUGAAGUCGGCAUGCAGCAUAUGUUGGCCAGGAAUUGUAUCGUCAGUUUGUGCUGUGGAAAGUGUUAAUUUGUAAGGACUGAUGCUCCUUUUUGCAAAAAUAGACAGUGAGAAUUAAGGUGGAAUGUAAUUAUAAAGGCUUGAGGAAGGGAAACAUUUAUUUUGAGAAGACAUAGAAAGCAAAAGAACAUCAAAAACGUUGAAAAGUUAAGGGAAAACGGUGACAAAUAGGUUUUUUUUAUUGAAAGAAGACAUGAAGAUGCAUGUAAUUGUUGCAUGUAAUUUUUUUUGCUUAAACUCUGUUUAAUGGUGGAAGGACGUGAUGCCUGAGAUCUUGAAAAGUAAAGUGUAUGACAUUAAAACCACAAUUUUUAAUUCUGGUUUUUUUAGAGGAGGAACCGUUAACAAGGGCUCCAGGUAAUAGAGUGUUCAGUCUGACAUAUUUUUUUUAAAGGAUGGUAUAUUUGUGUUGACCUGUCUUUGGAUGACAGCAGGAUGUAAGAGCUGAUUUUAAGCGUUUAGCAAUUUUUUUUAUUGCUGAAUUUGUGUACUUAUUGCAUAAGAGUGAACAUUAUGAAAUGUGAUUUAUAAAUGGUUCUAGAGCUUUGAGCAAGAGAGGUGGAGAUCAUACUCGUGUGAAGGGUCAAUGCACCCUUCCAGGCUGGUGUUGUGUACAGUUUUCUUCCACCUCCUCGUAGACCCCACUUAGGCAGUGUGCUGUUAUUUUAGGUAUCUCUCUACUUGUGAUGUUGUGGGAGGGUUCAGAAUUUAAACUUUGCUCUCAGUUGUGUGUGCGUUAGGGUGGGCUCUGAAUGAGUUGUCUAUGAAUGAACAGCUUUGUGAUAAAGUGCAUUAAUUGUUUGUUUAGAUUAAUUCGAUAUUUUGGUCAAAUCUGUUGCCUUCUUCUAUUUCUAUGUAUUUUUUUUUUUUGUUUGUUUUCCUUUCAAUUGAUCACUUUCUGUAAGCUUUACCACAAUGACAUUAAACACCUUUUCUCUUUCCGUUUGAGUUUCUUUGGUUAUUCACUCCUGCAUGCCAUUUGAAUGUGUUCACUUCUGUUAUAUUUCAUGCUUUAUUUUAUUCCUCCAUCACUGGCAUCUGCAAAAUCACAGAGCACUGUUUUUAUUUGUUAGUCUUGCCUCCCAGCAUAUCACCCCCUCGC